UCAGAUUUUUAAUUUCGUUCUCUCGCGUUCGCACCGAGUGACGAAUGACGAUUCCCCGGACUGUUUAUAAUUUAUUUCCUGCCGAUUAACAGUAAAAAAAAAACGACAUAGUACUGUCUUUAUUUUAUCAAAAACAUCAACUUUGAGGUCACAGUCAGUAGUCAGAUAAGACACACUCAUUUUCCUGUGCCAAAUAGGAAGAAAGUAUAGUGUUUUCUAAGCGCGCUUCUAAUAAAAUUACGCUCAAUAUACUUAAUCAAUCAGUGAAAAAUGAGAACUGAUUAAUGCGAUUUUUCCGCACGUGAAAACAGACGUAACAAGUGGUAACAAAACUGUGUUCAUAUUGAUUGAAGACGUGUUUUUAACUUGAAGAAAAUGGAUAAAAUUAAGUUAUUGUGGUCAAAAACCAACCGUUGGCAUAGAGGUUUGUUCAUCUUCCUGCUAGUGGAGUUGCGAGUGUUCCCGGAGCGUCAGCUGGGAUUCCAAUGCAAUGACCCCGCGUUGUCACAUCCCUUCACGGGAGAUACCAUCAGUUGGAAGCUGUUAUUGGCUACCACUGUUAUACUGCCUUUAGUUGUUAUGCUACUAGUAGAAAGGAAAUACCACAAUGACAAGUCAGGGAAGUCAAAGCAAGCUAUGUACUGGUUCAAGGAGUACUUAUUUGGACUACUCAUCAAUCUUGGGACCGUGCAGACUUUGAAACUCCUCGUAGGGUCGCCUAGACCCCACUUCUUUGAUACUUGCAGCCCUAAGGAAGCUCUCACUUGUCAAGGGACAGAAUACGUACCAAAAUACACAUGUACGAAGGCGCACUGGAUCAGCCAAUCAGACAAGAGCUUUCCGUCCGGGCACACGUCGCUAGCCGUUCACACGGCGAUAUUUCUCGCUUACUACCUGUACCGGCGAACAAUAACUCGUAGCAACAAGAUACUACUGCUUCAAGUGGUGCUGCUGUUAUCUGCAGCUGUGUGUAGCGUGUCUCGCAUGUGGGACCACAGGCAUCACUGGUGGGACGUGCUCGCUGGCGCUAUUAUAGCCACGCCCGUGCUGCUUUACACUAUAUAUUCCUUGUGUGACAACUUCGAAUGCAAGAUGGCCGCCGCCGACUGCCCAUCUAAAGAAUCUGAUGUUGUCGACGCGCCGCUUGUAAGCCCCAAAGAGACGUAGUCAAUUAGUUAUUUAAACUAUUUUAAGUAAUAACGGUAGAAAAAAAUAAGCACCCUAAUUCGAAAAAGAAAAUGGAAUGUUGUAUAUUUUUUCAGAGCAUUGAGUAUGCAUUGAUGCAUAAGUUUAAAAGUUUUUUAUUUGAUUAGGGUGCUUGAUUUUUUUAACUAAUAAAUCUGAAAUAUACCAGUACAUUUUUAUAGGGCAAGCCGAACUUUCAGUGAUCAGUGACUUAAAGGUACCGGUUUUGACAGUCAGUGUAUUUUUGUGAUAAAAUAUCAUAGUUACAUGAAAUAGUUUUUAUUUAUGGGACGAAAACAAAAUUAGACUAUAUGUCGAUAUGACCACGUGUCGCAAAAAUAUCUUUUUUUUAUCAUAAUGGGUCUUUAAAACUUGACCAGCCAAAAAGUGGUUAGUUUUCCACUAUAGACUUUCAGUUAUCAAGGGAAUUUGGGAUAUCCGUGAGACGUUUUAAACCGAAUACGUUGAUUUUUUUUUGCGAGUGUGCAAUGCUGGUCAUUGCCUUCAUUAGUCCAAUUUUAUUUUAUUUUUUAGACCAAUUUAUUUAUUUUAAUUUCUAAGCUUUAACGGUAUUAUUUUGUGAUUUCAAAACCUGGUUUUUUAGAUAUUAGUGUAUUAAAUACAUCAAAUGUAUGGGGACGUAUAUGUAUAGUGAGUUUAUAGAGUGCAAUUUGUGUUACGCGGUUAAAGCAAGUAGUUACGAAAAUGCUUCAUAAUGCACGUUACACAUUAUUAUAUGUAUGUAUCAUUUCAUAGUUCAUUAUAAUGUAUAAAUAGAAACUUAAAAUUAUAUGGGUUCAUUACUGGAUAAUACUGGUAUUCUGAAUAAUUCCAGGUUAUUUCGUAAAAUUCACACAGUGAAAAGUUUUAAGAUAAUAUUUCCACGAGGCGAUAGAGCAUUUAACAUUUACAUACUUGCGAAAAUUGUGAUAUAACAAAAACUCUUAAGAUUUAACCCUUUGACUGCUAAAGAUGAUGAGCGUCACGAUAUUUUGUACCGAACAACGUCUAUGGACGUCUACAAAAAAGUUAAAAAAAUGACGCUUCUCCAAAAGGGUUACCUACAUAAUAAAAAUUGACUAAUAUUUAAUAGUGUGACAUGAUCAUGCAAGCGCCUUUACUAUAUCAUAAGUGAAAAUGCAAUAACUUGUACCAAUUGUGAACUACACCAAAUAGUACAUUGUAUUGACUAAGAGAAACUAAUGUUUAUUUUGUAUGAGAUGUAUUUUUAUUUAUUUUUUAUCAUGCAUGUAUUAAAGGUGGUUUAUUUUUCA